UGCAAAUUCCUAGAACAAGCAAAGACAGACGUGCAGAAUUCUUUGAGCAUUUGAGAUAUAUCGUUUUUGAGGACUUUGAAUUCUGCACUUAGCAAUGGCGACUCCCAGAGAGCAUAUUGAAGAGAUAAGAAGAAAAAAGUUUUCCAUAGGUGGAGAAGAAAACGCCCUUUCCGAAGACCUUCAUCAUGCUGUUAGACAUCUUUCAGCAGAACUCUACACCAAGGAUGUCCAUUUUCUCAUGGAGCUCAUACAGAAUGCAGAAGACAAUCAGUACGAACCUGAUGUUGAACCAUCAUUGGAGUUUGUGGUUACGAGCAGAGAUGUGACCGGUGUGGGUGCUCCUGCUACUCUGUUGGUGUUUAACAAUGAGAAGGGCUUCACUCCCCGAAACAUUGAAUCCCUCUGCAGUGUUGGACGAUCCACCAAAAAGGGUAAAAGACAGGGAGGUUACAUUGGAGAGAAAGGAAUUGGAUUCAAGAGUGUUUUCUUGAUUACAAAUCAGCCUUAUAUUUUCAGCAACGGAUAUAAAAUUCGAUUCAAUGAAACCCCUCCAUCUGGGAUCAAAAUUGGGUAUAUAGUCCCAGAGUGGAUUGACAAGCCAAGUGUUGAAGAUCUAAAAAAGGUAUAUGGUAGCCAGUGCAAAGUGGAGCUUCCCAAUACUGUUAUAAUUCUCCCUUUACGUGCUGAGAAGGUGGAAGGGGUGAAGGACCAGCUUGCUCACAUUCAUCCAGAAGUCAUUUUGUUUAUGUCCAAAAUCAAAAGACUCUCUGUUCGUGAAGAUGUCCGUAAUCAAAAUCCCCGAGUGAAUGCAGUCUCUGUGUCCCAGGAAAUAGCAUUUCAGAAUGUGAAUGAGGGAAGUGAAUCAUUUAGUCUCCGUCUAUCGGCAGAAGAAAAUGGAAAAUCGAAUGGAGAAUGCAGUUAUUACAUGUGGAGGCAACGAUUUCCAGUGAAAUCGAACAACCGGAUAGAGGAGAGAAGAGACAUUGCCAAUUGGGGGAUAACACUUGCUUUUCCCCGCGAAGAUCGAGUUACAACAGGCAACAGGGUAGCUGCUGGUAUUUAUGCCUUUCUUCCCACAGAAAUAGUCACUGGAUUGCCCUUCAUAAUUCAAGCAGAUUUUUUGUUGGCGUCUUCGAGGGAAAGUAUUCUGUGGGACAACAAGUGGAAUCAGGGGAUACUUGACUGUAUUUCCUCUGCAUUUUGUGAAGCUUUUCUCUCUUUUGUGAGGAGUGCAACAGGAGCUGCGAGAACAGAUUGCUUCAGGUACCUUCCCAUUAAUAUUCCCUCUCAUUUGCAAUUAAGACGAAUUAGGGAAGAAAUCCAAGCUAAGCUCAGGACAGAAGAAGUCAUCUUAUGUGAACCUGAAAAUGCCUAUUGCAUGCCCAAUCAAGCUCGCAAAAUACUACCAGGGUUUAGAAAAAUAUUAGAAAAAGCAACCGAAAAAGGCCUGGAAAAGCCCAGUGCCCUGUGGUCUACUGGAGUAUUCAUAAUACACUCCUGCCUUGACAACUCCUCAAGUUAUCUGGAUUUCUUGGGAGUGGGCUAUGUGCCUGAUGACUGGUACUUCACAUGUAUUCGAAGUACCCCUGGUUGGCUCAUGAAUCUCUCAGAGGAUUUAUAUGUGCAACUCCUUUGCUUUAUUGCUGAACAUUGGAACAGAAGAAUUCCAAGCUCUCUCCAGCAAUUUCCGCUUUUUAAGUUUGACAAUGGCUUCUAUGGUGUGGGUUGGGCAAGUUUGUCAGAUAUGUCUUCCAAGGGAACCAAAAUAUACUUUUCCUUGGGAGAAAGAGAUAUUACCUGGUUGACAAAGUGGAAUAAAGUGCUGGGAAGUGCUCCACGUUACAAAUUCUUGUCAAAUGCAACACAGAUGGCCAUGAAGAGUUUGAGCUAUAAUGAACAGUCAAGAUUGCGGGAAUGGCUAGAUCGAUAUGCUAACAUCACUGAACUUUCUGUUUCAAGUUUUAGUAAGCAGCUUUUGGAAGAAGCAAAGACAUCUAGAAGCAAAGAAUUCAUAAUUCAUGUGGCUCAGUUUCUUCAUUUUUCAUCUGUCAGUGGCUGUAUGGAUUCAAUACAGAUGCUCACUUUGUGCAAGGAAUUGCCUGUAGUUAGUGAAUUGGAAUCUAUAGUAAGUAGCUGCAAAGCCAAACUUGUGCCUGCUUCUAUGGGCAAGUGGCACAAGCUAAUGGGAGACAAUCCAUGGGCUGGAGAAGGGAUUGUUGCACUGUCACCUGCUUACAUGAAAGCAAAUGCCAGUGGACUUGAGUUUAUGAGAAAUGUGCUUGGAGCAGUGGACAUUCCCAAGCUAAAACCUCCCGAUGCUCCAUUGCCUGCAGUUUCCUCUCCCAUUGGAGAAGAUCGAGUUGUUCUGCUUUUAGAGUGGAUUCAAUAUUUGACUGGGGUCUGCAAUGAGAGUCUGCCCAACAGAUUCCUAAGUAGUAUCAUGGAAGGAAAAUGGCUGAGAACCCACCGAGGGUAUGAAUCUCCAAAUAAAUCUUUCUUUUACGAUACCGAAUGGUCAUUGGCUGGUCUAAAGUUAAAUGACCUUUCUUUUAUAGAUUGUAGUUUCUACAAGAGGGACAUGAAUGAAUUCAAGAAUGCCCUACAGCGGAUUGGGGUUGUUGUUGAGUUUGGAAUGGGAUGUGAAAUAGUUGCCAAAAUGGUCCAAAUUCAUACAGAUUUUGAAGUCAUAACAAGGCUUUACAAAUAUCUUCACCAUUGCCAUUGGCGGCCUAGUUCCCCAAACUCUCUCAAAAUCUGGAUUCCACACAGUGGUGGGCUUGCAGGUGAGUGGAAGGAUUCAAAAAUGUGCGUAGUCCAUGAUGACAAUGGCCUCUUCUAUGGCAGGCUACAAAUCCUGGAAAGGUUUUAUGAAGACACUCUGCUUCCCUUUUUUUCUAGCUAUCUUGGUGUGUCUCUACAUCCCAAGAUUGAGGAAUACUGCAAUUUGUGGCUGGACUGGAUAAGGAGUAAUCAUGUAGUAACUGAGCCCGAAUGCUGUUCAGUUUGGAGGAAUAUUCUAAAGCACUGGAGCGAAUCCCCUUCAACUAUAAAAAGACUGUUACGAAAGCAAGGUCUAAAGUUUCCAGCUCACACAAGUAGUGGACAUAUCCAAGUAUGUGCGCCUAAUGAAACCUUUAUUCCUGAUGACCUUUCAUUGAAAGAGUUAUUCAAAGAAGCUUCUACAAAGGUCAAAUUUGCUUGGCAUCCUAACCCUUCAGACCCGAAGAUACCAUUGGACUUAUUGUUCUCAAUGUAUGAGUCUCUUGGAGCUCGAAAACUAUCAGAAGCUGUAGAGAAAAAGGAGGCGUCUGUUUCAAGUGACAACUAUUUGCACAGGCUUCAAGCAGGAGAGGGUUUGUUCAGAAAAGGCUUGUAUAUAAUUAUCCUUGGAUAUCUUGCAUAUCCGUCCUUCAAAUUGUCAGCAGAUAGAAGGCAUCAAAUUGUGAGAACUCUUUUGGAGUCUCUAGCUUGUGAAGCCGCUAAACCCUUUACAGUUAUGUACACUCUGACAAUAAUAACUGAAGAUGGUGAGACAGAGCACAUUACAGUGGCUGCACAAUCCUGUGUGCGUUGGGAAAAAGACAGCAAGAGGAUCUUGAUACAGAAAUCUGAUCCACACAACCAAAAGGAAAAAUGGUGCUUGGCAACUGAAUUUGCUGAGGUAAUUUCAAAAGGUCUAUUAUCAGAACAUCCAGAUCUUGUGGCAGGUUUAUGUGAGAUGUUGAAGCUUGGGUGCAUGGUAGGAUUUGUUACUGAUGUAGUCAAUGCUAUGCUCCAGCAAAAAAACCUCCUAAUUUUUAAAGAAGAUGAGAGUUUCCUUUCAGGAUUUUUCCCAAUUGAAGACCCUCUUGGGCAAUAUCAACCAAGAAGACAACAGGAAUCUGCAAGGAAACGGUCUGGGACAUCGGCUGGGCAGGCUAGGUCACCGCAGAAUUUUGGCACAUCAGCUGGGCCAGCUACGUCAGCAUGGCAGUUUUCACCAGAUUUUAUAGAAGGAUGGGAAAAAAGAGUGCAAAUUUUUAGGCAAGCAAUUGAAAAUAUGAAAUACUGCACACCUGCUUCUUUGAAGAGUAAGCUGGUCAAAAUGUUAUUCCCUUCACAAUCAUCAGAUAAAGGGCAGCCAGAAACCAGUUCAGGGUUCCAUCUUAUGAAGGUUGCAGGGGAUGCCUGCUUGAAAAUUCUCACUGUUUCAGAAGUUCUGGGCGCCAAUGAAAGCUGCCAAAUGGUGCCAUUUAAACUGGAAAAUUUACUGGGUGAUGAAGUUUUAGAAUUAGGUAAACGCUUUGGCAGAGGUGGAACUACCCAGAAACCUCAUGUUGCUGCUGAUGGUGUUGAUCAAUGUGAUUUUGAGAUGCUGAAGGCCAUUGCAGGAGCAGCCGCUUUGAAGUUCUUAAGAGGAAAAAACUAAAUUCGCUGUCAAUGUCUCUCUAUAUUAAACUUAACCCAAAAGUUUUCUAGACAUUUUAGUGCUAAAAGUAUGUUCAGCAUAAGCAUGCGAGUCCUCUCUUCAUAAAUUUACUGGAGAAUUUUUUAAGAUUUGAAAACUGUGUUUGCUUCCAAUAUUAAGCUUCGGACUUAUAAUUUAGUAACAAGUGAUGAUUAUAUUUUGUACCCACAGCUAAAUGACAUUCAUCCUGUAAACAACGCAAACAAACACUCAAAGAUUUUGUCUGAUGCUGCCAUUGUUAAAUAUAGUUCAUCUCUGUCAAAUUAGCAGAAUCAUAGAAUGCAAAGGAACAUAAAUUUAGCG